CUGCCCUCGGCAGCGCCUGGCGGCCAAGAAUCGCGGACCGGUCCGUGCAGCGCCCUUUGGAGCGGGGCGGGCCUGUGCGGACCGAACCAAGCUGAGCCGGUGCGCCGGGCUGUGUGUGUUGUGGCCAUGGAGCGGCCGGCGGUGCCGAGCGAGGUGCUCAUGAGCCAGGCCAUCCAGCCCGCUCACGCCGACGCCCGCGGCCAGCUGAGCGCCGGGCAGCUGCUCAAGUGGGUGGAUGCUGCUGCCUGCCUGGCCGCGGAAAAGCACGCCGGGGUUUCCUGCGUCACGGCCUCAGUGGACGACAUUCAGUUUGAGGAGACUGCUAGAGUUGGACAAGUUAUAACCAUCAAAGCCAAGGUCACUAGAGCCUUCAGCACAAGCAUGGAGAUCAGUAUAAAGGUCACAGUCCAGGACACAUUCACUGGGGUUGAAAAACUUGUUAGUGUGGCUUUCUCCACAUUUGUAGCCAAACCACUCGGACAAGAAAAGAUUCACUUAAAGCCCGUCCCGCUUCUCACGGAGCAGGAUCGUGUGCAACAUAAUCUGGCUUCGGAGAGGAGGAAGGUUCGGCUGCAGCACGAAGACACUUUUAACAGCUUGAUGAGAGAAAGCGGCAAGUCUGAUGAUCCAGUUUCUGCUGAAGAGGAAGGGACAGUGUCCACCAAGGGCACCUCUGCUCAGAGCGUUGAACUUGUCCUCCCGCCCCACGCAAACCACCACGGAAACACAUUUGGCGGCCAGAUCAUGGCCUGGAUGGAGACCGUGGCUGCUGUUUCUGCAAGCCGCCUGUGUCAUGCGCACCCCAUCCUCAAGUCCGUGGAUAUGUUCAAGUUCCGGGGCCCGUCCACAGUUGGAGACCGGCUUGUCUUCAAUGCCAUUGUCAACAACACCUUUCAGACGUGUGUGGAAGUCGGAGUGCGCGUGGAGGCCUUUGACUGUCAGGAGUGGGCCGAUGGCCAUGGCCGGCACAUCAACAGCGCCUUCCUCAUUUACCACGCGGUCGACGACAGGGGCGAGCUCCUCACCCUUCCCAGGGUCAGACCCAUCUCAGAGGAUGAUUUCAGGCGCUAUCGGGGAGCCAUUGCACGCAAGAGAAUUCGCCUAGGCAGAAAAUACGUAAUUAUGCACAAAGAAGAGGUUCCACAUUGUACCCACUGGGACCUAAGCAAGCAGGCAGUGCUCAGCAGCGGCAAUGUGGAGGCGCUCACAAGGCUGGCAGCCAAAAGCGGCUGGGAGGUGACCAGCGCUGCGGAGAAGAUAAAAAUAUACACGCUGGAAGAGCAGGAUGUCCUGUCCAUCUGGGUGGAGAAGCGUGUGGAGAGCCCUGCGCACCUGGCCUACCAUCUGCUGUCUGACUUCACGAGGCGACCUUUGUGGGACCCACAUUAUGUGUCCUGUGAAGUGAUAGACCGGGUGAGUGAAGACGACCAGCUGUACCACAUCACCUGUCCUGCGACCACUGGGGACAAACCCAGGGACUUGGUAGUGCUUGUGUCACGAAGAAAGCCUCUCAGGACGGGGAAAGCCUACACCGUGGCGGUGAAGUCGGUCGUGCUGCCGUCCGCCCCCCCAUCUCCUGACCACACCAGGAGUGAAAUCAUUUGUGCCGGCUUCCUCAUCCACGCCGUCGAUAGCCGUUCCUGCACCGUGUCUUACUUCAACCAGAUGUCUGCUAGCAUCCUUCCCUACUUUGCUGGAAAUCUGGGCGGCUGGUCCAAGUCCAUUGAAGAAGCGGCAGCCUCUUGUAUUAAAUUCAUAGAGAACGCGACUGAUGAUCAGAAUCCAUCGCGUCAGCCUCAGCAAGACGGCUCGUGACGGCUGCAGGAGCUCCCCGUUAAGUCCAGAGUGUUCCUCAGGAUUCCUGCACCUCCGAGACUUUGAAGGCUGCGACAGAGAAAGAUGGCAAUGCUUCGGGCAGCACUCGGGAGGUGGCGGUGUACUGCCUGAAACAGUGCCGCGACGCCCGGGGGCGUGCUGGCCCUGGAGUUCGGGGGCAGUCCUUGGGGCGCGUCCCCCUCUGAAGUGAGAGUCUCCUCACGCUUCCAUGGAGUGAGCAUCGAGCUGGCUUUGCACCCGACACUUGUAGGUACUACGUGUUCAACCAGACCGGAAACAUACUGGUCAUGCCAUAAGUAAGCAAAUAAAUACUCUGAAUGUCA